AUGGUCGGCCGAGCAUCGACGUCGUUCACAAUAAACGCCAUAUUGGGUGUCGAAGUCGCUGCGCCUCCAUCGAAACCCGUUUCUUUGCCGGAAAUACAGACCGAUGGAAAGAAGUGUGUAUCGACGCCUAACAAAGAUUGCAGUAAAUCGAACCAAAUGCGACAGAAUGAAAUGAUUGAAACGAAGGAUGUGCAUCUCGAAGUCAAGGACGACAAUAUUAAGGAUAACGAUCCGUUGAAUUCUACAAUGCCAAUCAACCAACACGAGGUGGGAUACUAUCUUAAUAUUUCAGAAAGCAGUUCCGGUGACGAUGGAGAGGACUCGUCUAGUUCAUCGACCAAGAAGACGAGGAAAUCAAGAAGAUCCAGGACGACUUAUAGCAGGCAGCAGUUAGAUGCCCUCGAACGUAUAUUUAGCCAGGAACAGUACCCGGAUCUAGUAGUUCGCGAGGAUAUAGCUGACAAAUUAAAACUCGACGAAGAACGAGUACAGAUCUGGUUUCAGAAUCGCCGUGCCAAAUUUAAGAAGACUCACAAAGAAGGUCGUAUGGCAUGGAUGCGACAACAUAUGUAUGGAUUACCAACGUCAGAAUACCAAUCUAUGAAUGACGUGCUUGGAGAAUCAAUCGGCAAUAGAUUUAUCACGUCACCACCAUCCUCUCAUAUAGUACCUCACCACGCUAUGCCAUAUACCAGUGUAGCAAGUACGUUGGGAAGUAUGACCAGGAUGCCGAGUCCAAAUAUAAGUAUGCCACCUCUACGAGUACCUCAUAUCCACAAUUUGAAUUUACUUCGCCUAGCCGCCGACAGUAUUCGACCAGCGACGUCCGUACAUCAUACACACCGAUAGUUUAUAUUUGUGUAUGAAAUUUUGAAGAAUACUGAACAGAAUGAGAUACUGAUUUUUCUGGCCAUUAAUUUGGGUCGUUUUGAUAUUUAUUACCGAGAAUGUAAAUAAUAUAGAUAUCGAAAAAAUAAUUAUAUUAAAUAUUUUGUGUAU